GACCUUCACCAUCAAAUUCCAUUUUAGAAUUGUCUAUUUGCUUAGAUUCAUUAUCAUGAAUCCAUCGGCGAACAGUAUUGGACGCCGGAGAAGUCGGCGUCUAAGGCUUCAUUCUAUGGUUCCGAUCCGCGCACCCCAAUAAUGCUAAGACUUUGGCCCCCCAAGAAACGUGUCUUGCACCCACUGAAGUAACAUCUAUAAUUGAUUCUUUAAAGGAAAAGUUUGUGCUGGAACGAAAUUUUUAUAUUAAGAAAAAGAUUGAGGACAAUGUGCAUGACUUGGCUACUGUAACUAGAGGUCUUCACAAAUUGUCAACAGAAAGGAGAAAUCUUCAGAUUCUUGCUUGUGAUGGAAUUGAUAUGUUGUCAAAGAGGAAGAAAGAUGCUAUUGAUUUGCAGAAUAGCAUUUGCACUAGCAAUGGAAAUAAAACUACUAGCUCUCAGGACGAUGCUUCUGCUUCUGCAGUUCUUCUCGGAGGUCAAGGGUUUAGCACUACAACCAAGAAAUUUGAUCGCCCCAUUAAACUACCAAAAAUGGAAAAACUACCUCAAUACACAACAUGGGGUUUUCUGCAUAGAAACCAAAAGAUGGCUGAGGAUCAAUCAGUGGUAGGUCGUAGAAGAAUUUAUUAUGACCAGAAUGAUGGUGAAGCUUUAAUAUGCAGUGACAGUGAUGAAGAAAGAAAUGAGAAGAAAGAAGAAAAGGACUUUUUGGACUGUGAAGAUUAUAUUUUGCGAAUGACUAUUGAAGAGGCUGGAUUGUCUGAUACUGUGUUGCAUUUCCUUGCCGAUCACUUGUCUAGAAAACCCAGUGAAGUAAAGGCAAGAUAUGAAUACCUAUUCAAAGAAGAAGCUACUUCUAAGAAUAAAAACUCUGAAGUUACCCUGAAUUCAUAUCUGGACAAUGAUCUUGAAGCAGCUCUGGCGUCAUUAGACAAUCUAUAUUGCAGGCGAUGUUUUGUCUUUGAUUGUCAAUUACAUGGAUGCUCACAGGAUCUUAUUUUUCCGGCUAGAAAACAAGCCCCUUGGUUUUCUGCGGAUGAAAAUAAGCAACCUUGUGGGCUUAAUUGUUAUCUUACAGUUAUGAAUGAACAAAGCAACCCCAAUUUGGCAUCUCAACAAAUAGUUAUUCAUGAAGAAAACUCUAUCUCAUCACCUGAAGAAUCUAGUGGAGUCCUGCUGAAUGAGAACAUUGAAAAGGACUUGGGUAAAGAUAAGAGGCAAAACAAAAGGACAGCUUCAAGAUCUUACUCUUUUGGAAGUACAAGCUCAAAGAGUUUGUGUCUCCCUUCACACAAAAAUAAUCAUGAUGACAUUUCAUCUAGUAGGAAAGAACCUUCAGUUCCAGAGACCAACAAUUCUUUGCUGGAUAUUGUUACUGGAUUAAAUAUGAUUGAAGCUGUAAAUUAUAAACAUAUGACUAGUGAUUAUGAAACUGCCAAUGAAGAUGCAUUUUUAGGCGAACACAUUUUUCCAAUAGAAGGGAAUACCAAUAAAGAUUGGAGACCGCUUGAAAGGACUCUGUUUGAAAAAGGUCUUGAGAUUUUUGGUAGAAGCAGUUGUUUGAUUGCUCGUAACCUCAUGAAUGGUCUGAGGUCAUGCAGAGAGGUUUUUCAGUAUAUGAACCUGCCUGAGAAUAAGAUGCAUGCUCAAGCAGGUGUCGGUGUUGAAGUCAUGGGUAAUGGAGGACAUAAAAGAUCAAGAUAUGCUCGUCGAAGUGGUAGAGUUCGUCACUUCAGAUAUACACGUAAAUCAGGUGGGCACCAUUCAAUUAGGAAGCGGAUAGCUGUGAAGAAGGAGGAACUUGAAAAACACUAUACUCCUUGCAAUUGUAAAUCUCACUGUGGAAAAAAUUGCCCUUGCACUAUGAAAUCAGGCAGCUGUGAAAAAUUCUGUGGAUGUUCAAAAAGUUGCCCGAUACGAUUCCGAGGGUGUCACUGCUCAAAGAGUCAGUGCGCAACAGAUGAUUGUCCGUGCUAUGCAGCUACAAGAGAAUGUGAUCCUGAUAUAUGCCAUAAUUGCUCGGUCGGUUGCGGUGAUGGUUCUAUUGGAUUUCAUCCGCAGAGAGUCUCAAAUCAUCAAUGCAUGAACAUGAAGUUACUUCUUAGACAGCAUCAAAAGGUUCUUCUUGGAAGAUCUAAUAUUGCUGGAUGGGGAGCUUUCUUAAAGAAUAGUGUAAAAAAGAAUGAUUUCAUUGGGGAGUACACUGGUGAAGUAAUCUCACACUUCGAAGCUGAUAAGCGCGGCAAAGUCUAUGAUCGUGAAAAUUAUUCAUUCCUUUUCAAUCUCAAUGACAUGCUUGUUGUUGACGCUUACAGAAAGGGAAACAAGUUGAAGUUCGCCAAUCAUUCUCUUCAACCAAACUGUGUUGCAAAGGUUGUCAUGGUGGGAGGAGAUCACAGGAUCGGCAUAUAUGCAUCGACACCAAUCAACCCUGGAGACGAACUGCUUUAUGACUAUCGAUAUGAACCUGACAGCUGUCCUGCCUGGGCAAAGGGCCUUAUGGGGCCCACCGGCUCUAAGAAGGAAGCUUCUCGACCUUCGGGUAAUCGUGCCAAGAAACAUACAUAGUAUGCUUCGUGCUUCUCCGUUUUCACCAUUUCCCAUAGUAAAAAGACCUCCACUCUCAUUGCCAGCAAUUAUAUAUUUAUGCAAGACCAUUUUUUUCAUUGAAUAUAUAGAUAUAUAUAUUAUUGUUCAAAUGCCAGCAAAACCUGGAAAUACUUUGUUGACACUAAUAAUAAUUUCUUAUUCAGCAGUUCAAGGUUUGUACUUUUUACGUAAUAAAUUGUACUACUCUGUAAAUGCAACUAGCGGGGAGCGGUGUUUGGCUUUAA